AUGGGGUCGCACAUAUUUGUGAUUUUAGGGGUAAGAAAAUUCCGGUAAGAACAACAUGUAGGGAUUUCAAGAUUUAAAAAUUUGCGUUUAAAGAGUUGUUACGUACCGUGUUACCAAGUGACUAAGAUGAGGGUUGUACUUGGCCUCCAAAUAGGCUAUUAUGGAAUAGGGGCUCUGAGAGGCCAGCGGUACAAACCCUAAAAAAUUGACUCAUUUCCCCCUUUGAGUGGUUAUUUCGCUUACUCUGACUUCAAAUCCAAAUUAAUUAAUGGCACACCUAAAUUUUUUGUAGCCAUUCGAUACUUUAGGGGAAAGUAUGUUCUGAAAAUCAGAGUCCAUAUGGCUCAUCAAGGAGGUCACUUCUACCGACUAAAUUCGAGGCCGUUUUUAAGGUAUGCUGAAAUAAUAGCAUAGCAUAAAUCCUCCCUUCCUGUCGGUCAAAAUCUGUUGACCUUUAUGUUUGCUUUGGUCUUCUUCAUCAGGCGCCGAGUAUGAACGCCUCUUCAACUGCUGUGAAUUCAUCAAUGUCUGCAAACGGUAAGAGACAAAGCACAGGUCCAACUCAAACACCUGCCCUUUAGUUUUUCAAUUAAAAGGAGGGCGUCCCCCGCCUUCAAGCCAGUCUUGCCAUUUCAAACCCCGAAACCCGUGUAGUGUUACGUCAAAGCUCGUAGCCUAAGGAUUGGCCUAAUUAGAGUGUGUGUUACUGACACCAGUGGGUUCAACACUCAGUUGUGAAGAGGGUUGGUUCUGAACAAAUGGAUCAUUUGGGUUGUUUGCAGUCAUAGAACGUUAUUAGAGACAUUUAGCACCAGGGUUUUCGCAUUAACGGCAAACCUGAAAUGGAACUUUCAGGUUAGGCGUUUGGUGUUUUGACGUUUAUGGCUCCUACCGCUUUAGCUACACCUCUCCAACCUCAAGCAAAUUUACGUAGAAAACAAGUGAAUUAUGAGAAGUUCCAGAAAAUGGCGGCUGCUGCAAGGUUAGUUUUUCUAAGCUGAUGCGCUUUCAGGAUUUUUUGGAGUUCUCAAACGAUCAUUUAUCUGCAAAAAAGAAAUACAUUUUUUAUUUUCCAUUGCUAAGGUAUGAUUUUGAGGACAUCCUUACUGUAGCUCUGGCCUUUGACAUUAGUUCUUCAGAUGAUUUGUGCGAUGAAGUAUUCUAUCCAUCUUUUCUCGACAUCCUCUCCCUUUGACUUCUACUUGUUUAUCAUCAGUAGAAAAAGCUUUGCUGAGUAUUUUAGCUACUUCGUCCCACUCUUGGGGCUUUUCAGGGAAAUACUUCGCCACCUCCUAUGCAAGGGCUAGCUCGUGCUUCAUUUCUGACUAUCGGAAUAGAGCCAUGAUACCCUGGAAUUAUAACAUUUUAAGCUUUCUCAGAUACCAUCUACUGCUGAUUGAAUGAUAAACCUUAAAGGUGAGAAAAUCCUAUGAGUUAUGAGUUCACAGAAGGCCACUAGCGACCGUAAACUUCGAAAAAAACAUGAAAUUGAAGAGGCCGCCAUAUUGAAUUUCCAGACAACAGCAGUGUUUGAUUUUCAAAUGGCAACAAGAAGUCCUAUUUUCACUCAUUCGCUAUAAGAUAUAUCUAAACUUGUUCUAAAAAGACUGGUUUACAAAACUUUCUGAUUUGUACGUGGCAUAAAAACAAAUUCAGGAUAAAAAACGUUCAGGUAAAUCACUUACGUAAAAACCUACUUCUUGGCGUUAAGAACUCCGAACGUGACCACAGGGCUUGAUCACGUGACCUCCACCGCCGUUUGCCGUUCGAGGUUUCCGCUGAAAACCCUGGUGCUAAAUGUCACUACUGACACAGGAUGUCUUGCGCGAACAGCCUACGCCUUGCCUCAAACGUUGCUGAAAGUGGUUGAGUUCUUGUCGCAAGGGGCCGAGAGUAUGCUUUGUGUUUUUGUUUUGUUUUGGCCAAAUCCAUUCAGUCUACACUUCACAUUCAAACGCCUAGGUUCGCAAGCAGCCAAGAUCGAGCUGUCAAGUUCAGCAUAACGCACUUGAUUCCCCCAGUGCCUUUCUCAACUAUCCAUUUGUUUUGUCUGUGUCCAUGACGUCCUAACGCUGAUUUUAUCGUGUUUUAGCUUCCACAGUGCAGGCUCCAUUCUCGUACCCAUCAAGUAUUAAACUCACCUUCGCCAUUUUAUACACUGCAAUCAUUUCAGUGGCCUUGGUUGGAAACAUUUUGGUGAUCUACAUACUAUACAAGAGGCCAGAAACCAGGAGAUUAACAAGCUUCAUGUACGUCAACCUCGCUGUGGCCGACCUGCUCGUAACAGUUGUUGUCAUGCCUCAGUCGAUGGAACUAAUCAUUUUGGACAAUCUGUGGAUCGAUGGAGCAUUUGGUGAAUUAUUUGCAAAGCUCAUCAUGUUUGUUUUUUACGUGGCGGUCACAGCGUCCGUCUUCUCUCUAACAGCUGUGGCUUUUGACUUCUUCUUCGGGAUUGUCUUUCCCAUGCAAAAGUUCCCUCGCUUUAGGAACAAAAAGAUCUUGGUUCCCACAAUUUGGAUCAUCUCAAUGUGUCUAAUGGCCCCAUGGCUGGUCAUAAUCAAAGUUAAGAACUCCAGGAUAGAAUUUAAGUUUAGUCAGUUUGGCGAGACUCAAGCGGCCUUAAGAGGUGUGUUCCUUUACCUCGUAGUCACCAUCUACUUACUGCCUGUAGUUACCAUUUGUGUCCUCUAUGGGUAUGUUUGUUACACGCUACAGAAGCAUAAACUACCGGGAGUUGAAAUCAAAAAUCGCGCAAGAAAUCGCACCAACGCUACCAAGCGCAAGGCGAUAAACAUGUCAAUCGCUGUCGUUGUUGCUUUUGCUCUUUGCUGGCUCCCAGCGCACGCGCAUCAUAUGAUUCUGGCCAUAGACUUCAAACUGAGUCUAUCCCUGCCAUAUUAUUUCAUGCUGUUAUGCUAUUGGCUUGGACAUGCAAACAGCGUUGUCAACCCCUGGCUCCUGAUAUACUUUAGGAAGAAAUUUAGAGCCGAGUUUCGGAGAAUGAUAUCUUACCCAUUAAUGAGAAUCUCAUUCUUGAGUAAAACAAAUGGGAGCGUAGGGAGUGAGGCCAAACAGCCAAUACUGGAUCAAACUGUCCAGUCUACUGUUGUAUACCAGUUUACAAGUGCUGUGUAGAGAUAAUUUUGCAGUAAACAGUAUUCAUUCUAAUCAUUGCAUAAACACAGUUAAAAGGAAUCAUAACUUAUUAUUUUGUUUAGCAUCAUUUAUCACAAUGGCUUUUACUAUGAUUGUUGUCAUUAUACCUAUGAUAACGUACUUUAAGACAUCCGUCAGCUAGAAACCAAACCAAACCACGAACCUGUAGCACUGAAGGAUUAAUGUUGUAACUAUUACCAUUAGUUAUUAUUGCAGCAUUGAGAUUUUAAUUUUUUUCAUCAUCAUUAUCCUUACUAACAUUAUGAUUUAUUUAUUUCAAAAGUAGAUGUGUUUUGCUAAAUUCCAAAUGCAACAAACUAGUUCCUUUUAUUUAGGGCAGUUUUUGGAAGACGAAAUCUGAAAAAUACCACUCCCUUCUGAGUCCACGUCCUUCCAAGUAUCAACAAUUGUAUAUAAUGUUCUUACUACAGCUUAAGUCCAUGAAAUAAUACACGAACAAAACGACCACUAGUGGCAUUGCUAUAGUAGUGUUCACCAGUACAAUUGUACAAAGACUGUCGAGGAAAAAGCGUAAGAAGAAAAAGCGUAGCAGGAAAGGUCGUUGUUCAAAAUCUAUCACCAAAUUUGUUCCGUGAAUUUGUUUAGAUACAAGGUGAAAAAGAUCGACAAAAAGUGACAACAUUAUGGUACCUUCCAAACCAGUUUCAAAACUAGAAUACGCGAGACAAACAAGUUGCAG